GGAAGUAUGUCAGCACGCAGCACUGCUGGGCCAGGCCGGAGGCGGGGUUCACCCUCGGUCUGGGAACUUGUCCUGUUUGCGGGUCUUUGCCUACAUAAAGGCUGCGGAACUCCUCGUAUUCCCCCUGUGGUGACUGGUUAUGCCAGGAUUGUGAAUGGUGAGGAGGCAGUCCCCGGAUCUUGGCCCUGGCAAGUUUCCCUACAGGACAGGACAGGAUGGCAUUACUGCGGUGGUUCCCUGAUUAGCAGCACCUGGGUGGUAACAGCGGCUCACUGUGGUGUGGGGAACACUGACCGUGUUGUUCUUGGAGAACAUGACAGAAACUCAAAUGCUGAACAAAUCCAGUCUCUGGCUGUUUCAAGAGUCUUUACUCACCCCAACUGGAACUCCAACACCAUCAACAACGACAUUUCCCUGAUUAAGUUGGCCACUCCUGCUGUCUUGGAUAGCACCGCAUCUCCAGUGUGCCUGGCCAAUCCCGGUGAAUCAUAUGAUGAUGGUCGUAUCUGUGUUACAAGUGGAUGGGGAAAGACCAGAUACAAUGCAUUAACUACCCCCAGCAAACUGCAGCAGACUGCUCUGCCUGUGAUUUCCAAUACUCAAUGCAAGACCUAUUGGGGUAACAACAUCAGUGACGUCAUGGUCUGUGCUGGAGCUGCUGGAUCCUCUUCUUGCAUGGGUGAUUCCGGUGGACCCCUUGUUUGCCAGAAUAAUGGUGCUUGGACACUGGUUGGUAUUGUAUCCUGGGGAAGCAGCUCAUGUUCAACCUCUACUCCAGCUGUCUACGCUCGCGUCACCGAGCUCCGCAACUGGUUGGACCAGACUGUUGCUGCCAACUAAACAUGUAAAGUGAUACAUAUAGUAAACUGAAAAUAUGUACACAAUAAAAA